UUGGAUACUCAAGGAAGGCUAAUGGUUGAUUCAAAUUUGAGGGUCAAAGGUCACAACAAUAUUUUUGGUAUUGGGGAUAUCACUGAUAUUCCGGAACUUAAACAAGGAUAUUUGGCUCAAAGUCAUGCAAAGAUAGCUGCCAAGAACAUCGCCUUGUUAACAAAGGGAGCAAAAGAUGAGAAAUUGGCUAUAUAUAAGCCAGCUACUAAGGCACUUGCCAUAGUUUCUCUUGGGAGAAAAAAAGCAGUGGCUCAGUUCCCUUGUUUCUCUAUUGCUGGACGAGUCCCAGGAAUGAUAAAAUCCGGGGAUUUAUUUGUUGGGAAUACACGGAAAGGACUUGGCCUACAACCUAAUGUUUAGACGUCUCGUAUUUAGAGGUAUACAGAUCUUUUACAAGUCGAUAUAUUAGUUGGUGUGUGAGU